AGAGACAGAGAGAGAGAGAGAGAGAGAGAGAGAGAGAGAGAGAGAGAAGGAAAGGAAAGGGAAGCCUGAAAGCUCGAAAGUGGGAACACGCGGUGUUGAGAUUAAUGAGAUCAAAAGUCGAUAGAGUCGAUUUUAGUCUUUCAUUGGAGAAGGCGUAUGAAAAGAGAAGAUUAAGAAGAAAAAAAAUAUAUAUUCGGGGAAUAAGCGUAAAAUCACAUAUCGACGUUCAGUAUUCUUCGAAACUUGGUACCGUUCUCGUAUCCGCCUCUGCUACCUUUCCUCAAUAUCAUUGGACUUGAAUCAGGACAAGGAAUCGUAUCAAAAGAAAGAAAAAAAAAAGAAAAAAAUGGAACUGUCCGAUUUGGGAGAGACAAAUAACAAUGAUAUCUCGGAUCUCAAGUUCGAUGAAAAGAAAAUUCGGCGCGGGACACCGAUACAAGAAUUUUACGCUGGACAAAGGAUUUUAAUAACGGGUGGUACAGGCUUUUUAGGGAAAAUCUUGAUAGAGAAACUUUUGCAAAGUUGCCCUAACGUUGCUCGUCUUUACUUGCUGAUGCGACCAAAAAAGGGAAAAAAUACGCAAGCUCGGAUAGAAGAACUCUUCCAGGAUCGUGUUUUUGAUCGAAUAAAGAGAGAGGUACCAAAGUAUCGCGAUAAGAUCGUCGUCAUAUGCGGAGAUUGUAGCGUCGAGGAAUUAGGAAUUUCGGCCGAAGAUCGUAGGACGCUCAUAAACGAGGUGUCGAUAGUCUUUCACGUGGCAGCAACGGUCCGAUUCAACGAGAAACUGAAGCUCGCAACUAUAAUAAACGUUUGUAGUACCAAUGAUCUAUUGGAAUUGUGCAAAUCUAUGCCGAACCUGAAGGCAUUGGUUCACGUAUCGACGGCCUACGCGAAUUGCUUUGAAAAACGAAUCGAAGAACGCUUUUACAAUUAUUCCAUUAAUCACGAGGAACUCAUGAGAUUAACGAACGAAUUGUCGGAAGAAGAACUCGGGAAUAAGUUUCAGUGCAUCAAGAAAAUAUGGCCGAACACGUACACAUUCACAAAAGCUAUGGCGGAAAAUCUUAUAAGAGAGAAACACGGGAAUCUACCGAUAGGAAUAAUUCGACCUGCUAUAGUCAUAUCGACGGCUAAUGAACCUACAGAAGGAUGGCUUGACAACAUUUAUGGACCAAACGGAAUUGCCGUUGCCGUUACAACCGGUAUUUUAAGGGUGAUGCAGUGCGAUGCCAAUAGUAUCGCCGAUAUAAUACCCGUCGAUAUCACCAUAAAUACCUUGAUCGUAUCCGCAUGGGACAUUUAUAUGCAAACAAAUAGAAAAGGAAAUGACGUGCUCAUAUAUAACGUCGUAGCAUCGGUGGAUGCACCUCUAACAUGGUACGAGUAUAAUAAAUGGACUUACCCUUACAUUGCUCACUAUCCACCGAGCUCUAUGUAUUGGUAUCCAAGCAUCAUAACCACCAAAUAUAAGUCGCUCUACAAAUUCUUGUCUAUAUUCCUUCACUUAAUACCAGCGAUUCUUAUAGAUACAGCGUUAGUCUGCGUCGGCCAGAAACCAAGGAUGCGAAAAAUAAUAGGAAAAAUUACCAACUUUUGCGAUGUCAUAUCGUUCUUCAGCACUGGAAAUUGGAUAUUUAUCAACGACAACGUACAAAACAUGUGGCAUAGAUUAAAUUCGAAGGAUCAACAACUUUUUAGAUUUAAUAUGACAAAUUUUGAUUGGAAGAUUUAUUUCCGAAAUUAUAUUAAAGGAAUACGCCUUUAUAUAUUCAAGGAAGAUCCAGAUAAUUUAGAGAACAGUAAAUUGAGAUGGAAAAGAUUGUACUGGAUGCAUCAAGUUUUGAAAACAUUCAUCAUUUUAGGCAGCACUUGGACGAUUUGGAAAAUAUUUAAUAAAAUAUUUUCUUAACUCGAGCACGCAGGUGCAUCGAUUGUGUGCGUCUUUUCACAUGGUCAAGAAUAAUGGGCGCAAUUUAGGAUUUAUAAUUUCCCAUACAAAUAUUUCUUUUAAAAAAUGCCAAAGCAAAAAUACACAAACACAAAUAAAAACUAUAUAUAUCAUAAUUAUUAAAAAUCCUUUGAUCUUAUGAUCUUUAACACUCUAUCUUGACCACUCGCAAUUAUUGUCCAAUAGCGGGGAAAUAAAUCAUAUCUAUUCAUAUCACUCUGGUAAUACGUAGAAAUUUUGUAAAUAUACAAACGUAUUUAUAAAAAUCUGUCAAAAUACAACUGUUUAAUGUGUAAUACAUACUUUAAGAUAUUA